UCUGUCGCAUUGAGACGCAAACAAGCACAGCAACUGCAACAUUGGAAUAUAUGGCAAUGUGAGAACCAAAUUGGUUGAAAAAGGUUACACGAUACAUUUGAUAACUGAACAAACUGGCACUGUUAACGAAAGACCGGGUGAUAAGCCAAUAGAUCAAGGAACCUCCUGUGCCUGAAAGCACAUGUCUUACCACCACAGUCAUGGCAACACUGUUAUGGACAAUGAUGAUAGUGAUUCUUUCACAAAAGGAAAUUCUUGUAAAAGCGGACUGCUUUGAAAAUAUGAUCACUAACGUCACCUACACAGCCUCGUCAACUAAAACGAAUUACCCGCCGAGUGACGCCGUCAUAGAUAACGACGGGGCCUGGUGCACAGACGAGAUUCCUCCUAACCGGUACCUUAAUGUGAACCUCGGCCACCUCUAUGACGUAUGCGGUGUUAAAAUACAAGGCUAUGCCGAUGGCACUGUCAACUCUUAUCCUAGCAAAUAUAAACUGGCGUUCUCCAGCAAAGAAAACGUUUGGUCGGUUCCCACACAGGAAUUCGUUACUAAUUCCGCCGACGCGAAUGAUACUAUUCAAAAUCAGUUGGUGGAAACAAGAGCAGUAUCCGGCGUGCGAUUCCAGCCAACACAAGUAAAUGGAUCAUCGAUGUGUCUCAGAGUUGCAGUUUAUGGAACUCCAGCUUUUAACGUUUCCUGUGACGCGUUUUGGAUGAACGUCACCAUUUCUAAACAUACUCUGGGGUCAGAUUUACACGAGCUGUACAUAAACCAGCGGACUGAUGAGUGCACGCAUGCUAUCAAUCCUGACGAGGACGUCUCUCUUCAUUUAAAAACUGGCGCAUGCGGAAUGAGGGUAUCACAACGCGGCAAUUAUCUGCAUUACCAGAACACGGUGCACGGUGAAGCGGGAAGAAACGCGCAAGGAGUCAAGAUCACUUUCACCCACGACAUAUCAUUUGACGCUACCUGUAUCUAUGAGAGGAACGCAACUCUAAAAGCCGACAUCGAGACAAUUAAUAAUUUCAAACUACCAACUACAAGCAAAGAGUACGGAAGCUUGGAUUUUAAAAUGAGGGCAUUCCGUGACAUUGAUCAUUCUGAAAAACUCGUAUCGAACACCGGGCCGUUGGCGAUUGGAAGCAUGUUGUACAUAGAGGUGGAGGUUCUUUCAGCUGACAAAGAUCUGCAGCUUCUGUUGGAGAGAUGUUGGGCGACAGCCUCGUCAGUUCCAGCGGAUGUGAAUCAGCGUCAAUUUGUCCUAGACGGAUGUCCAGAUACUGACUCCGACAAUCGUACAGCACAUUCCUGCCAAAAAUCUUCGCUCCAAAAGUUUGAAUUCGCAGUGUUUCGUUUCAAAGUUAGUGACGUCGUUUUCGUGCAUUGUGACGUAGUUGUCUGCUUGGCUGGAGUCCAGAAUUCAAGUUGCUUCGAUAAAUGCGCAGCAUGCGAUGACAAAUCGGGGAGAAAGAGAAGAUCAAUUGAAGAUGAAAAUUACGAUAAAGGAUCUUUGCCUCAUCAUCUCAGGAUUGGCCCAUGGCAGAUUGAAGAGGAAGGCAAAGAUGCUUCUGCUGAUACGACCACCAAAGAUGAUUCCACUGAUUACAUGACAAUCGUACUGGCUGUCACCGGUUUCGUCGCCGUUGCUUUGCUUGUCGCAGUUACCGCUGUGAUUGUGAUACACAUGCGCAGGAUGGCCAGCCCCACAGAGCACUCUAAGAUCCUUCGACAAGGAUCACCCAGGAAGGAGAGAAAUAUUAGCAUGUGAAUGAGUUGACCAAGCUUGUAUUUGCUUGGAUUGAAUUUUAGUUUUGCAAAAUUUUAAAGAGCCUGUAUAACACAUAGAUAGAACCUUCUGCAGUUUUUCGCUUGUGUGUACUAAAGCGAGUUAAAAAAUUA